UAGUGACGCAGAGCCUAAUUGAGGCAGCAUUAGAGCAAUCUCACCGACGCUCUGGCCUUUGAAUAUACAUAUAUGCAUAUAUUUGUUUCAAGUCCCACCCAUCUUCAUCUUCGCUGGCGUGUAAGACAACGAUACUCAACGACAGCAUGGCGCCAAGUAUUCCUGUGCCCACGCAAGGUGGGAUGUUUCACACAUUUCAAGGUGUAACGCCUCGAAAACAAUCCUCAGAGUCCGGUGAAAACGCCAAAACGAACGGUAGCGGCGUUGCCAAACGGAUCACCACACCACAUGCAUGUGCGGAAUGCAAACGGAGAAAAAUUCGUUGCGAUGGCCAACAGCCUUGUGGCCAAUGCCUCUCUAGCCGAGCUCCCAAGCGGUGUUUCUACGACAAGCAUCGCCAGAGGGUAAUCCCGUCUAGAAAAACACUCGAGGCUCUUUCACAAUCUCUAGAGGAAUGCCGGUCUGUUCUCAAGCGGUUAUUUCCCAACCACGACAUCCAAUCCUUAUUACCACUUCCUCGCCAAGAACUACUCAGUCUCCUUGACCGCUCCACAAACGACACCAUUAUCGCUCUUCCUUCGCCACCACUACAUCCUUCAAACGCCUCCGUAGAUGCAGGCUCCCCCACGCUCUGUGGCUCAGACGAGGGCUUAGCUAGCCUCGAGCAAAUACCAUCUCGAGACUCAGAGUGGGAUGAGGAGCGUCGGGGACGAGACAACAUCCCUGCCGAAGCUGACGAUGUGAACGCACUCUCCCUCUCAGUUGACCGUCAAGCAUCAUACUUAGGCGCUUCCUCAAUCAAGGCGGCUCUAAUGGUGAUGCUCAAAGUACAGCCUGGUUUAAGGAACUGCCUCACACCGCCUCUCAACAGCGUCGAAAUGGCCCACAACCUACCCAUACUAAGACAGAAAGUCGUAAAUGCUAAGGAACCGCAGCGAGUUCCCUGGUCAUGGAAGGGCCAGACUCUUAUCGAUGCGUACUUCAAGCGUGUACAUGUCCUUACACCCAUGCUAGACGAGGCGUCAUUCAGAGCAGAUUACCUCGAGGGCCAGCGGUUUGAUGCCCCGUGGUUAGCUCUACUCAACAUGGUAUUCGCAAUGGGCAGCAUCGUUGCGAUGAAGUCGGACGAUUACAAUCAUCUUAAUUACUACAGCCGUGCCAUGGAGUACCUGCCUAUGGACUCCUUUGGAAGCAGCCACAUCGAGAUCGUCCAAGCCUUGGCUCUGAUAGGCGGCUUCUACCUACACUACAUCAACCGACCCAACAUGGCCAAUGCCAUAAUUGGAGCCGCCAUCAGGAUGGCCAGCGCCCUAGGUUUACAUCGCGAAAGUCUAGCAUCUGCGCCUACUGGGAGUUGCAGCGACAUAGCAGCCGCGGAGACCCGCAGGCGCACAUGGUGGAGCUUGUUCUACCUGGAUACUUGCGCAACGACGACGUUAGGGCGCCCUUCGUUCGGGCGAUGGGGCCCAGCCAUCAACGUGAGAUGUCCCGACAGCGGCCUAAGCUCUGGGCGUGACUCGGCUCAGCACGCGGGCAUCCUGCCUCUAGUUGAGAAUAUCAAGUUCUGCAAGAUCGCGACGGCCGUGCAAGAUAUGCUGGCAAUAUCGCCGCUCCUACGCACCGAGGACCGUUGCAAUCUUGACGGCCAGCUCGUAAAUUGGUACAGCAGCCUACCAUGGCUGCUGCGGACAAGCGAUCCCUGCGCAGAGCCCCUAUACAUAGCCCGCUGCCUCAUGAAGUGGCGGUACCAGAAUCUACGAAUGCUUCUACAUCGGCCCGUGCUACUAAACCUAGCCUCGAGCGGGGCAUCGCAUGCAGCCGAGCACGAGAUCGCCGCCAUCGAGGCCUGCCGCGACCUCGCGAAACAGACCAUCGAGGAUAUAGCGCGCGAGUGGACGCGCAACCAGAUGUCUGGCUGGAAUGCCGUCUGGUUCCUCUACCAGGCCGCCAUGAUCCCGCUCGUCUCCAUGUUCUGGCAGUGGGACAGCCCGCGCGUGCCCGACUGGCAGAAGCAGAUUGAGACAAUUCUCGAGCUCAUGGAGGCUAUGGAGGACUGGUCGCUCGCGGCGCGGCGCUCCCGCGAGGUCAUCUGGCGCAUGUACGAGGCCUCGCGCCAGCUGGAGCCUAGCCUACGCGCUGCUGCUGCUGCCGCCGUGCAACAGCAGCAGACUGCAUCGUCACUAUCACCGCAUCUACAGAUCAUCACAGGUCACGACGGCAGCAGCAUGCUGGGCACGCUAGGUGGGGGCGAUGCCUCGGAUCUACAUAUGUCGCCCAUUGGACUCGGGCCGGAUGGCUUCGACGACAUGAUGGGCAUCCUAGAUCAGCAUGGCCUUUGGGACUUUGAUGGCAUGCUCUGGGCCGGCGCGGAUGAGGUGGAGUGGGCUCAGCACCAGCAGCACCAGCCACAGCAGCAGCAUUUUGGUGGUGCCGGUAACGCCGGGAAUUACGCCGGGCUACAGCUGAGUCCCACGACGCCCGUGUCUGCCGGGAUGGACGGCGCGACGGCAUUCCCCUUCGUCCACUAAGAACACGCCCUACACUACGGUAUAUAGACAACCCCAUUCUCUUUCUCCCCUCUUCCCUGUUUUCAGGGCUUAGGCUGGCCUCUCAAUACUUAU